GAGCAGCUCUUUAUGCUGUGUAGUGCUUAUUAAGGGAAAACCUGCUGACACACACACACAGAUAUAUAAAUAUAAAUAUAUAUAAAUAUAUACGCAGCAGAUUGAAGAUAAGCAGCUGUUAUUUGGACUUCUUCCUACAGAGACGCAGCAUGUGGGAGGAGAACUUUGAUACAGAACAUGAGGUCAGCGGUAAACCUGACUACUCGCCGGUGUCCUGGCGGGAGUAUUUCGACCAGAUGGAGGACGUGAACGUGGGGCCGGCCGACAGCAGGGACGUGUUCAGGAUUUAUAAAGCCGGAAGCGAUGGACCGCUGCUGGUUCUGCUGCACGGAGGAGGCCACUCCGCGCUGUCCUGGGCCGUCUUCACCACAGCCAUCGCCAGCAGAGCGACCUGCAGAGUACUCGCCAUGGACCUCAGGGGUCACGGUGGGACUCUGGUUCGCCAAUCAGAUGACUUCUCAACUCAAACUAUGUCCAGCGAUAUAGCCAAUGUGAUUCGAUCCUGCUAUGGUGAGACUCCUCCCCCCAUCAUCCUGAUUGGCCAUGGCGUCGGUGGGGCGAUCGCAGUGCAUACAGCCAGCAACAUGCUGCUACCGACCACCGUGGGCCUGGUGGCAAUAGACGUGGUGGAAGGCAGUGCGAUGGAGGCGCUCCACAUCAUACAGAACUUCCUGAAGGGAAGACCCAAGUCCUUCAAGUCAAUGGACCACGCUAUAGAGUGGAGUGUCAAGAGUGGGCAAAUCAGGAACCUGGAAUCUGCCAGAGUCUCGAUGGCUGGUCAGAUCAAAAGGUGUGAGGUGGAGGAGGCCGACACUGUGGAGCAGGCCACCCUGGUGACUGACGUUGUCGUUGAGCGUAACGAAGAGUUCUACGAUCAGAGCUACGUCAGCGACAAAGAAAACGCUGCCUCAGAGGGUGUGUACAAGUGGCGUAUAGACCUGUCGAAGUCAGAAAAGUAUUGGGACGGCUGGUUUAGAGGAACAUCUAACCUCUUCCUGGCUUGCAACCUGCCCAAACUCCUGCUGUUGUCCGGAAUCAACCGGCUGGACAGAGAUCUGACUAUCGGCCAGAUGCAAGGUAAAUUCAUGAUGCAGGUGCUGCCCCCCUGUGGCCACGCAGUGCAAGAAGACAAACCAGACAAA